GACGGAUAAGAACGGGAAGUUGAUGAAGUUCACGAUUCAGGAGAUACCUGAGAAUCGGUACGAGGAUGCGAUUGAACAUAUGUGCACGUACUUUUUAGCUGAUGAACCGACCUGUAGCUGUUUAAAUGUGAAAAACGACUAUUUAUUUGUACAAGACAUAAGCACGAUAUGGCGUCGAUUACUCAUGCAAGGCAUAUCUAUAGCUGCGUUUAUCGACAAUCCCAUUGGGAAACCCAUAAUUGCUGGUAUGAAUGUCCUGAGUAUUGACGCUAAAAGUCAGAAAGAUGUCAUGUCCGAUUUCCAGGUUAGUUACAUUAUUUUUUAGUGAAUUUGGUUGCCAUUUUUAAUUUAUU